AUGGAGAGUGACAUCGCUAUGAAGACCAAAACCACCGCUUCAACCUCUACCAUCCCCAUCACUGUCCCGGAGCAGGAGAAUGAAGAUGCUUGUCUUGUGCGCCAGCAGUUUGAAUGGUGGGAGGACGUCGAGAAUGAUAUUGUCAUGAAGACUAAAGCCAUCCCUCCAGCCUCUUCAGUCCCUAUCACGGCUCCUAAACUGGACGAGAAAUACGGGCGCCUUCUUAUUCGUGAACACUUCGACUGGUGGGAGGAAGUCAACAAUGAUAUUACGAAGGAGACUAAAGCCCUCACUGCGGACACUAGAAUUUCCGACAAUAACAUUUCCAACACGGACACCGCAAAUUUGGCUGCAGCUUUCACUAGCCCUACCACCGCCAGUAAUCUGGACGACGCUUGUGUCCGACUUUACUUUGGUGAAUAUUGCAACUCGCUGCAGGAUCUUGAUAAUGACACUCCGAUGAAUGUCAACGCUCUAACUAGAGAGACAGAUAUCCCAAUUUCGGACACUAAGAGCCUAGCUACAGCUUUUACUGGCCCUAACACCGCUAGUAACCUGGACGAUGCGUGUAUCCGACUUUCCUUUCGCGAAUAUUGCAACUCGCUAGAGGAUGGGAAUGACACUCCUAUGGAUGCCAAAGCCCUGGUCAUGGACACGAACAUCCCCAUACCGGACACCCGGCACCUGGAUGCAACUUCGAUCGGCCCUAGUGUCACUAAAAAACUGGAUGAGGAGUAUGCUGAGAUGAUGGAAAUCUUCUCUGACUGGAAAAUAGCUGCAUUUGAGCCUUCGCCUCCAGCUAUUGAGGAGGAACACACACCUACUCUGGCUGCCUCGGAUUACAGACUAGAAAACUCGCCUGGUAAAACCGACAACUCAGGGAGAUUCUUCUAUGCUACUCAUCCCCCUCACCCUAUCACUCUGGCAAUCGCUCAAGGAAUUGCUGAGACCAACGAAGAAGAGAUGACGGAAAUCUUCUCUUGUGAGAAAAUAGCUGUGUUUGAACCUUCGCUUCCAGCUAUUGAGGAGGAACACACACCUCCUCAGGCCGCGUCGGAUUACAGAUUGGGAAACUCGCCUGCCAAAACCGACAACUCAGAGAGAUCCUUCCACCCUUCUGGGAGACUGAGAAGAACCACCAGUACCCGGGAUUUGAGGGACAGCGCAGCAAAGAGGAGCAUGGCCACGGCACAACAGAAGGAUAACCUGUCCAUGAUGAUGCAGUUAAGCACCAAACGGUCCAGUCCACUUAGCAGGUCUGGAACCUACAACACCUACAGCUCUGAUGCUUCCUACAAGAAUGCUGAGCUUCCCCAGAUACCUCGUAAGAAGAAAAGACACUUGUGGAAGAAGAUUUUCAAGAAAGUCUGGCAGACGCUCGAGAACCUACCAGGGGGAGAUUGGAACAGUGCUUGGGGUUUCGUUUAA